AAAAAAUAGUUUGUUAAAAAAAAUUUCCACAGAAAUUUCGAAAAAAAUACUAGUAAAUCACAAAAACAUUUAAUUUAAAAACUACUAAUUUCACAUUAAUUAAUUUUAGUAAAGCAAGCUAUGGAUUUAAGUGCGUACAGUUUGCAAAAAUUAAACCGGGAAAAGCGUGAGAGGCAACCAAAUUGGACCGAGUCCGAGAAGCAGUUGCUAUUAAAUCUCACUCGUAUGCAUCGGGCAAUAUUAGAAAAUAAAGGCAGUGAUACCAUGACCAUUAAACGAAAAUCAGAAGUUUGGGAUGAAAUUGCCCUAAGAAUGCAAGCUGCCGGUUUUAAUCGUUCCAAGGAAAGACUUAAACAGCAAUUAGGAAGAAUACGUGCUGCAGAGGCUAAAAAAGUUAAAGAUGCCAUGGAAAGAAAUUUAUCAGCGGAACCGGGGUCAGGUCCAAAUAUUUCGUUUAAUAAUUUAAUUAUAAAGGAUAAUUUUAACACCCAUAUGAUGACACAAAAUAACCAGGAGAUCCAAGAACACAUAUCUACCAAAUCCUUAACACUGACUGGACAGUUGCAAUUAACAGAAGACCAUUGUAUAAAAACAGAAAAUAUACCAUCUGCUGAUGAAACUGAAUAUUCUGAAGAAGAAUUAUCGACAAAUUCGAAAGUACAUGACAAUAUGAAUUUUAUGGUAAAAAAUGUACAAUCCUUGGCAGAAUCUAAUUGUAUUAUUGCUACAGCUCAUAAUACCAAAAGUUGCACGGUCAAUACUUCCGACGUCACAAGCACAGUUUCAUGUUCAACAAACUCUCCUAAAAUUAUUAAUCUCAUUGAAAAUCCCAUAAAUGAUGGUGUUGUCAGUGGUAAUGAAGAAAAUGUUAUUUCUACUGUCUCUAAUGUUAAUAACCAAAUGCAGCCACAAAAUAGAUCUAAUAAUUUUCGUAUUCUUAAGCGUAGAAAACGUAUACGCAAAACGUUAACGCGAGAUAAAAGCUUACGUCAAUUGUAUAUGUAUCGCAUAGCAGUUGAGCGUGAACGUUUGCGUAAUUUAAAACUGCAACAGAAACGUGAUCGUAUACUAUAUCGUAAAGACGUUGAGAUACAAAAUUUGAAAUUGCAAAUAUUGCACAAUCUAACCAAUCAGAAUCGUGAGGCAAAUCGCAUUAAUUUGUAAUAAUAUUUCGUAAAAUUUUUAUUAAUCGCAUUGUAUUUGCAACAUAUUAAGUAUUAAGUCUUAUUAUUAAAUAUUUUUUGCAAUGUAAAUGAAAUUUUUUUGUGAUUUUCAUAUUUAUUUAUGUACAAAUAAUACAAAUUUUAUUCUUUGAAUACAAUCGAAUAAUGGGACCCUGUUUUAAAAAUAUUUGAAAGAAAACAUAAAUUGUGUGAAAUCAAUUCCAUUAUUCGAUUGAUUUAAAAUUUAGCAUGAAUUACUUUUAACUCUUAAUAGACCGACAAAAAUAAUAUAAUUUUAAGGUUAUGUCUAAUGGAUUUUAAUAGCUAUGCCGUUAAUUUAAAUAAAUUCUUUAAAAUAUUUAUGUUUUUAAAAUAACAGAGAUUUUAUUAUUAAAUGCUCUUUUUGAAAAUGAAUUU